CAAAACGAAAACCUUGUCGCUUCGUGGCGACACCAGCGAACUCGAUGGAAGCAAUGAAGAUGCAUCGCCGAAAGCUAUAUCUCUCGGGAAGCUCGAUCGUGCUCGGCAUCCGAUGCGUUCUUCUGUCCCGUCACACCUUCACAUCAGCUUCGCAACAACCACAACACCAACUUACAUUGCCAAAGUCUCCAUUUUUAUUCCGUUGUUCCAUUCCUCAAUCUCUUCCUCUUGACGCUCUCCUCUUCUUUAAAUACCCAUCGAAGGACUCCUGUCUGAUGAUCCCAAAGCUUCGAUUUUCUCGCGACCCACCAAGCCAAGAACGCACCCGUAUCCCUCCACUUCGCAUUCUGCAAUGCACGAUCAAUAUUUCUGCUUCAAGAGCUUGAUCAAGUCUGAACGCUCGAUCUCUUUCGUCCCUGGCGGCUUGUUUCUUGAUGACGCCCUCCCUCCAUGUUUCCUUGCUCUUGUUCCCCGGAAAAGCGACCCCUUUGAGAAUUUGGCGGUGAGUCAUAGUAGGAGAGCGAAUUACUGUGGAGUAAACGCCAGAGUAGGAUUUCGUAAUGGUGUGUUUCUCUCUGUGAGCCUGUCGGUGAAGGAAAAUGAUGGGUAUGCGUUGGACUCUGCAAAGCUUUUGGGGAACAAUAAUGGAGAGAAAGUUGAAGGAAGCGAAGUGGAGGAGAAGGAGAAGGGGAAGGUGAAGGAAUCAGGUGCUUUCAAUACCACGAAGCAUCUCUGGGCUGGAGCUGUUGCUGCAAUGGUUUCAAGAACUGUUGUUGCCCCUCUUGAGAGACUGAAGCUGGAGUAUGUAGUACGUGGUGAGCAGAAGAAUCUUUUUGAUCUUAUCAAGACAAUUUCAGCUGCCCAAGGUCUGAAAGGUUUUUGGAAAGGAAAUUUUGUCAAUAUACUUCGUACGGCUCCAUUUAAGGCCAUCAACUUCUAUGCCUAUGAUACAUACAGAAAUAAAUUGCUGAAAUGGUCUGGAAAUGAGGAAGCUACGAAUUUUGAUAGAUUUGUCGCUGGUGCUGCUGCUGGGAUUACUGCUACUUUGCUGUGCUUGCCGAUGGACACAAUAAGGACAAAGAUGGUGGCACCAGGAGGGGAGGCCUUGGGUGGUAUAAUUGGUGCUUUCAGACACAUGGUUCAAACUGAAGGAGUCUUCUCUCUCUACAAGGGUCUGGUGCCCGCAAUCGUAGCCAUGGCACCUUCAGGCGCUGUUUUCUAUGGUGUUUACGAUAUACUGAAAUCAGCCUAUUUGCAUACACCUGAGGGGAGGAAGAGACUCGAACAUAUGAAGCAGGAAGGCCGGGAACUGAAUGCCAUGGAACAACUGGAACUUGGUCCCAUUAGGACCUUGCUUUAUGGAGCAAUAGCUGGUGCAUGCUCCGAAGCAUCUACUUACCCAUUUGAAGUAGUGCGGAGACAACUUCAAAUGCAACUACGGACAACAAGAUUAAGUCCACUUGCGACUUGUGUCAAGAUCGUUGAGCAAGGUGGUGUUCCUGCCCUUUAUGCUGGCUUAAUUCCCAGUUUACUGCAGGUUUUGCCAUCGGCUGCUAUAAGUUACUUUGUUUAUGAGUUCAUGAAGAUAGUUCUCAAAGUGGAGUCAACAUAAAGAGUUAAUGAGCUUAUCAUUGAGGACAUCCUGGGAAAGUGUUGAGGAUGACAUUUAGACCCGUUUCAUUGAAAGGUGCUUUCUAAUGUUUCCCCUUUUUAGAAAUUUUCAGUAUCUUCAGAAAGGAAACUGUUUCUUCUUUUGCACUGUUAAAAUUCGUCGAGAUUUCUGUGAUUGUCCUCAAUUGCUUCUGUUUUCAAAUGGUAAAAUGACUGCAAUGAACUUGAAGCUAAGCGAGGAAAAUGUUAAUAUCA